AUGGCAUACUUUCCCAGCGAAAGUCGACCUGACCAUAUGGUGUUGGACGAGAAUGACGGCGACGAGGCACUGACGGACUCUAGAUUUGCUGCGGGCUCUCCAGAAAUAUCCUUCUAUUCCGAUGCCCACAAUCUGCGGGUGUGGAGCAGCAAUGGCAACGAUGCGCACAUGGUGCUUCGGACCUCAUCCAACAAGUUGAGACUAACACCUAGCAGGAAGCGGACGGUCGAUGAGAAGAAACGCCUGUCUUCGGUUGCACAGUUCAAUUCGACGCUUGCCCCUGCAAUUAAACUCCUUCCGGAUGUGAUUGCUACCAAACUUGCUACCAAACGUCCUUCACAGUCCAAAGUCCGUCCGAGCUCAUACCAUGAUGACAAUGAACCCAACGACCCAGUCCACGUGGAUGAACAGGGCCAUCACCGUUUGUGGGCAACGAGCCAAGGGGCUUAUUUUGAGGAUCCCCUGCACCAUAUCAAUGAGAACUUCAAAAUGAACUCCGAGGCGAAUGAUGGCAACGAUGCCCAGGUCGUACGGGGCGAAAACCAAGACGCGACGAGACAACAAACCUGCCAGCUUUCUCCUAUUGUUAUUGUCGAUAAUCUCCUCUCUACCUUUAACAGUGACUUCUCGAGCGAGAGAUCCCGGAAAGCAAUCCGCCGCGACUCUGUCAGGGAUCUGUCAUCCAGGUCCCGAACACACAUGCGACUGCCAACGUAUAUUUUCAAAGAUUACCCUCUCAUGCAGGCCUUACAAGUCAAUUCACCACAGCGCGAUAGAAGGGAAGUUGUGAUUGAACUUGUUUAUCGGGUUCUAUCAUGCCAUAAUCUGAGGAGACUUUUGUCGUGGCCAAAGAAUGAUCAGAACAUGGAUCGAAUAUCAUCUCCAAUCCCAACUGCUCAAUUUCAGCAUUGCACUUCACCGUGGCGACGGAGGAGCCCUACGCCUCUUUCCAGGGUCGAAGAUGCCUGGGAGAGAGAGUUGCAACAGUCACUGAAUUUGCAUGUGAUGCAAUCCAAUGAAUCAGCAAGGCCAAUUGGAAAUACAAUCACUAGCACCCACGGAGAUCGAUCUCCCAAGGAUAUCUCCACAUCAUCGACUUCCGAGGGUAGAACGUUGACGGCUUCAUCAGCUCAGUCAACAUCAUCGAAGCGUCCUCACCGUCGCUCAGCACGAGGCAAUAGCAAUCGAGAAGACAGCGACAAUCCCUCAGACGAUGACGAAGAAGAUCAACCACCCAAGAAGGCGCGCACUUCUUCAGAGCGCAGUCCGCCCACAAAGAAGCUACUUGCUUGCCCUUAUUGGAAGUAUGAUCCAGCUCGAUACUCCCCUGCCAACACUUCGGAGAAGAGAUAUCGGGGUUGCUCGAGUGUUUAUCUCAGAGACAUCGCGAGGCUGAAGCAGCAUCUUUACCGCGUUCACAAGAUGCCAGACUAUCAUUGUCAGCGAUGUUUAGAGGUCUUUGAAAACGAGCCAAGCCUACAGGAGCAUGUUCGGGCCCCGGCAGAACUAGCAUGUACAUAUCAGCAAAACACCUCCUCGGAACUGUUAUCUGAGUGGCAAUGUGCCCAGCUGAGGAAACGGUGGACUGGCAAGACCACAGAAGAGGCGUGGAAGUGUAUAUGGUCCAUCAUUUUCCCACGCCUUGAGCCACCCUCGAGCAUACACGCUGAAGACCGUUCCGCAUCGAUUCAGCCUUCUCAGAUGCCUGGGUUUCUGAGCGAGUUUCAGCGGCGCGCCCCAUCCAUACUGCAUGAGAUACUUUUGGAAAGGUCCUCUCAAACCGAGUCUGCCGAGGUGACCUCAUGGCUGCAGUCGGCUGGUGCACAGUCAAUUUUCAGCGCCUCGAUUCAAGAGCUCUUUACCCGCCUCCAGUGA